AGAGAGAGUGAUUACAGAGAGAGAGAGAGAGAGAGAGAGAGAGAUGGAGGGUGGUGGUGUGAACAUGAAAGACCAAUCAUCUCUGCAACCAGAACAACCACCGCCACAAUCACCGCAAUCGCCGCUGCGAAUCAUAAUCAUGGUGUCCUCUAUUGCCGCCGGGAUACAAUUCGGAUGGGCUUUACAGCUUUCUUUGCUGACCCCAUACGUUCAACUAUUGGGUAUUCCACACACUUGGGCUGCUUUUAUUUGGCUCUGUGGACCUGUCUCCGGCAUGCUCGUACAACCCAUCGUUGGAUACUACAGCGACAACUGUUCUUCUCGUUUUGGCCGUCGCUGUCCCUUUAUUGCCGCCGGAGCCGGUCUAGUUUCCGUCGCCGUCUUCCUCAUCGGCUAUGCUGCUGAUAUUGGUCACAUCUCCGGUGAUCCACUUGGGAAAACACCAAAACCCCGAGCCAUUGCCGUGUUCAUCGUCGGUUUUUGGAUCCUUGACGUCGCUAACAAUAUGUUACAGGGUCCAUGCCGUGCCCUCUUGGCUGAUCUCUCCGGCGGAAACGCCCGGAAAACCAGAACCGCCAACGCCUUCUACUCCUUCUUCAUGGCCGUCGGCAACGUGCUUGGCUUCGCUGCCGGCUCGUACACCCACCUCUACAAGCUAUUCCCAUUCACAAAAACACAUGCAUGUGAUGUGUACUGUGCAAACCUAAAAAGCUGUUUUUUUCUCUCCAUAGCUCUCUUGUUGAGUCUAACAAUACUGGUCUUAACCACAGUACGUGAAAAGUCAAUAUCCCCAUCGGAACAGGAGAGUUCCGGCGACGUGGUGGCGCGUGGGGAGGGUGAAAAGUCGAGAUUACCAUUUUUUGGGGAAAUCUUUGGUGCAUUGAAGGAGUUACCUAGACCCAUGUGGAUUUUGCUGUUGGUGACAUGUUUGAAUUGGGUUGCUUGGUUUCCAUUCUUGUUGUUUGACACUGAUUGGAUGGGGAGAGAGAUUUAUGGAGGUAAGGUUGGAGAGGGGAAGAUGUAUGAUCAUGGUGUUCGUGCGGGUGCAUUAGGGUUGAUGCUGAACUCCGUGGUGCUGGGUUUCACCUCCCUGACGGUGGAGGUUUUGGGUCGUAGGGUUGGAGGGGUGAAGAGGUUGUGGGGGUGUGUCAACUUCUUGUUGUCUUUUUGCUUGGCUAUGACUGUUUUAGUGACCAAAAUGGCUGAGUCAACACGGCAGUUCACGGCGGCUCCUGGUGGCGGCACAACCCCUCUUCCGCCGGCGCCUGGUGUUAAGAUUGGCGCAUUGACUCUCUUUGCAGUUUUGGGUAUCCCUCUGGCGGUGACUUAUAGCAUUCCCUUUGCUCUAGCGUCCAUAUUUUCUAACUCUUCUGGUUCUGGGCAAGGUCUCUCACUAGGAGUUCUAAAUCUUUCCAUAGUUAUACCACAGAUGGUGGUCUCGGUGUUAAGCGGGCCGUGGGACGCCCUUUUUGGAGGCGGUAAUUUACCAGCAUUUGUGGUGGGAGCCAUUGCAGCGGCCGCUAGCGGGUUGUUUGCGCUAACCAUGCUCCCAUCUCCACAACCCGAUAUACCAUCAGACAAAGUUUCAAGGCCCAUUACUGGGUUUCACUAGUGUUUGUUUUUAGUAUUUCGUGUUUCUCUACUUCUUUUUUCCUAUUUCGGUCACAAAAAUGGUCAUUUUCUGUUCAAUAUACUGUAGUCGUCCGCUACACACACGCCAAGCGUGUUGGAACGGCCAUAGUUAAUCCUCUCUGUAUGAAACUUUGAACGGCUAUGCACCUGAUAAGCGUGGUAC